ACCUUUGUGCGUGAGAUUUUACGUGGGCGAACAGUACAGUUGGGACACGGGAAGAUGGAGGUGCCGGAGGAAGAAGCUAUACGUGAGUUCGUUACAGUAACAGGCGCCGAGGAGGAGCGGGCCCGCUUCUACCUGGAGUCCGCGGACUGGGACCUGCAGCUCGCCCUGGGCAGCUUUUAUGAAGAAGGUGGUGACGAUGAUGUGAUAACUCUUCCACAGCCUGAACCCAGUACAGGUUCGAGAACCGUAGCACCAAGUGAUGCCCGAGUAACCUCGUUCAGAGAUUUGUGGCAUGAAGAGAAAGAUGACGAAGACGACGAGGGCCAAAGGUUUUAUGCUGGUGGAUCAGAAAGAAGUGGCCAACAAAUUGUUGGUCCUCCAAAAAAGAAGAAUUCUAAUGAAGUAGUGGAAGAUCUGUUUAAAGGGGCAAAGGAACAUGGCGCGGUUGCUGUUGAGCGAGCUGGCAGAAGUCCUGGAGAAUCCAGCAAAUCUAAACCAUUUGGUGGUGGUGGAUACCGUUUGGGAGCAACUGAAGGAGAACAGUCUGCAUAUGUUACAGGAGAGAGGAGAGCAGAGACAGCACAAGAUGUUCAUGUUAUACUGAAGCUCUGGAAAAGUGGUUUCAGCGUUGAUGAUGGGGAGCUGAGAAAUUACACUGACCCUGCCAAUGCCCAAUUCCUAGAAGCUAUUAGGCGAGGUGAGAUUCCACUGGAGUUGCGAAGAUUGGCUCGAGGUGGACAGGUAAAUCUGGACAUGGAAGACCACAGAGAUCAGGAAUUUGUAAAAUCAAGGGCUGUGUUUAAGGCAUUUGGAGGAGAAGGACAGAAGUUGGGGAGUGCCACACCCCAGCUAGUCACUACAACUUCUCCAGCACAACAAGCAGAAAAUGAAGCAAAGGCAAGUUCUUCUGUUAAUGUAAAUGAAUUGCUACCGACCACUAGUAUCCAGAUACGGCUUGCAGAUGGAGGGCGUCUUGUUCAGAAGUUCAAUCACACGCAUAGUGUUCAGGAUAUUCGACAUUUCAUUAUUGAUGCCCGUCCGGCUCUCGCAUAUACUCCUUUUGUGCUGAUGACCACCUUCCCUAGUAAAGAGCUGACAAAUGAGAAUGAGACCCUGAAAGAAGCCAAUCUGCUGAAUGCUGUAAUAGUACAGAGGCUGAAAUGAAUGCACUUCUCCAUCAAACCUCAUGUUUGUGGAGUAUUUGAACUGUUCGGACUUUCUGUUAGUUUAACUCACUGGUUGUGAUAAAUUGGAGAAAAUGCUUUUAAAUGAAACUGUUCACCCUUAGAGUUAUUCAACUAAUAAUAUGUGAGCAUUCAGUUACACAGCUUUAAGCGUGACUUUGUGAUAUAAACCUUAAUUGCGUAUUCUGAUUUGUAAUUUUUUUUGCGAUUUUUAAGUGAAAAUAUUAUACAUUAAAAGUUCAAAUCCACAAA